AUCGUUUCGUUUGCGGCCCUCUGCUACAGCCGCCGCCGCCGCAACCGCCGCCGCUACCAUCGCCGCCGCCGCCGCCGCCGCCGCUACGAAACCUCGGCGACUUCUCGGCCGGUGUCCGUCCGGUGCAUUCGAAGUUUAACGCCCGUCGCAGCAACAUGUCGUCGUCGCGCGCGUGCUCCGCCGCCGCUCUGCUGCUGCUGUUAACAACGGUGUUCGCCGUCUCCGUCGGCCGGACCGGCGCCGACGAGGCACCCACCACCGGAGCGCCGUCCACCGACGCGGCUCCCGCCGAAGCGGUUUCUACCGCCGACACCAUCGAAAUCGCGGACAACGGAAUGCUGGGGUUCAACACUUUACCGCCCCCGGAAAAAUCGCAUCCUCUACCGCUGCCGGUUCGUAUAUGACAUUUUUGUAAUUAUUAUUUAAUUUUUUUUUUUCUCGUCUCCGACUUCCUCCAAUUAGAAUGCGGGCGACCUAUUGCGCAGUUUCGGCAUAUUCGAAAUUUCCCGAUAUUCGAUGUUGUACCUACGGACAGCGGCCCACGGUUAUAAUUUAUAUUGUAAUAUCUACGCGUUAUUUUAUAACGUUGACGGACCCGAUCCCGUAAAUUUGUCAAAUCCGAUAACCCCUGACGACGAUCGAUAUUAUUGUAAUAUUAUAGUAAUAACCGAAACGCCUAAUCGCGCAUUUUAAUCGUUGGUUUUAUAAAUAAUAAGCUCCGAGCUUUAUAAAAAAUCAUCGUGAAACUGCGUAUUUAUAGUUUCGUUUUUUUUUUUUUUUUUUUUUUCUAUAUAAAUAAUUAGGUGCAUAUUAUUUGCUCGCCCGGAAACGAAGACGGUUCAAGGCAAAUAUGAUAAACUCUUUUUGAAAUGUCUACAGCGCUCACCAGCAGCGGCUGUAAUAUAUGAAGGCACCAACCACAAUAAAUUAAUCAAAUUCGUAUCUAUAGGAUUGAAAGCGAUUCGUUAAAACAACAAACUAACGAAAUGUGAAACGCGUACCGGAAAACAUCGUCUGUAACGUUGGCGGUGUAAUACCCGAUAUAUUUUCGUCAAAACCGCACGCAGUUCGCUAAUUAAAUCUGUCGUGUGGUCGAAACGAACCAUUAUCUUUAGAAUACACGUUUUUAUCAUUAUUAUUAUCUCCAGUCACGACGGGUACAAACGGGACAAAAUAUAAAUAAUAUUAUACCCAAAAAGUAUUUUGUAUUUCGAUUUACAAGUGCCCGCGUUGUUGCGGUUUUACUUUUUAUUUUACACGAACGCUGACGACUGUUCGAGAAUAUUAUAGUGUCGAUUAAACAGACAGGCAACAUUUUAGGUGGCAAUUUUAUAUGUUGUAAUCUAUUUUAUUUUUUAUGUGGUUAACAUGGACAGAUGGAAUCGAAAAUUAUAUUACGUUUUCCCAAUUCUAUUCGUGUUCGAUAUGGGUGUAAUCAUUCGUUACAAACAUCGAUUACCCCGCACCUGUAAAUAUUCUACGUUUUAUUCAAACUAAAACACUAUAAUAUAACUACAGCUAAUAGGUAUUUCGAUCAGAAACUAAUUAUCAAUAUAGACAUUGAAUCGUAAAUGUAAAUAAUCAACAUAUCAUUAUUGAAGAAAAAAAAAAAAAAAACCCAACGCAAUUCCUAACAAAUUCGUCGUAGGUAUAUGAAUAAUUUCACAUAUUUAUAUGGUAUGUACCUACAGUGUGAUUCGCCAUAAUAUUAUUAUAAUCGUCUAAAUACACUUUUUAGACAUUUUCUUAUACAGUGAUUAUUAUUCAGGUCCGUAGUACUUAGUAAAAUCUAACGAUCGAUCUUAUUUUCGCGUUUUUCGUUUAUUUUUCGUCGACAAUCGCCCCCCCCUCCCCCUAACCAAUAACGACGUUACCAAUAUCAAAAUAAUGCGAUUUUGAAAUGGCCAUGCGGUACGUUUAUUUUCUGACAUGCUACGAAAUAUGACAAACUAGUGUUGAACAAAUUUCCCCAAGUUCGAGGAGCAAUUAUAUCAGUGUUGCGAACUCAAUUAUUAUUCCACUCUUAAUAAUAUAACGUCAAACUAAAGAAUACCUAACCAAACGUACACGGUUAUUUAAAUAGUAUUAGUCGUGGACUGGAGAAACGGGUAGAAAACCACUAAUGUCCACUCGUUAUCUAUUAUCAGAUUGUCAAACGUAUAUGCCUCCAAUACAAUUUUAAAGAAACCACGCUAUUACUUUGUGUACCUAUGUAUGAUAUGGAUUCUUUUUUUUUUUUCAUUGAAAUACCAAUAGGUACUUAUUUGUAAUUUAAAAUCAUUUAAAAACACAAUAAAAGGAUUACGAGAAGGGGAACGGAUACAACGCAAAAAGAAACGUCGACAAAUUUAUUUUAAAUCAAAAUUAAUUGUUGUCUUGUAAACGGUGAAUCAUUAUUAUAUAGGUACAGACUACAGAGUGAUUUUUUUUUUGUUUCACAAUAAAAUGCGUUUUAUACUCGUAUAUGGGUAAUUGUAAAAAAUAUUCUUAUUCGUUUUUCAAAUAAGUAUGUUCCCCAGGUGAAAUGUUACCAAUUUCCCAAUAAAUUACAUUUUAUUAAUAUUAAAUUAAAAUAUUUAAGCAGUAUAUUAUUUACUAAUAUUAUAAGACAAUCCAAGAUAAAAACUGUGUGAUGACUUGAAUUUGUAAAUGGUAACCUAUAAUUUUAUUUUAUUUUUUUUAAAAAAUAUAUUUGACCUAUUUUGAUACCAAUCGAUCAAAUAAUAUUUGUCCACUACUACAUUUAUUAUUUAGGUGGGUACCUAUUUAAAAUGUUUUAAAAGUACCCAUUCUAUUUUAAAAUUAGUUUUUUAUUUACAAACUAAAAGUUUUACUAUUUUAAUAAACAUGGGAUGCAUAAUUAUUAUUAGGUACCGUAUUUAUAUGUACUUAACAUCCGUAAAUAUUUCCUACAGUCGUCAAAAAUCCCUGUAAAGAACUUAAAAAACAUUUAAAAAAAGCAAUAAUGAUAGAGGGUUUUAAAAGUCUAACGGUACUAACAUCUAUAUAACACUAGGAAAAUGAUUAACCCAAAGUAAUGGUUUGAUAUAAAACUAUAUUUUUUUACUUAGUGUUAGGCAAUGUUAUUUAAUAAGUUGAAGCCGUUACGGGUGGAGGGGGGACUGCAGUGUCUCUUCUACCAUUAUUGAUUCUUAAAAUAUAUUUUUAGUGCUUUUUUUAUACUUUUUUCAACAGCUUUUUGUAGAUUUUAAUUACAUAAUAUAUAUCCGGUUCUUAUAAUUAUUAAACAUAUUACAAAAAUAAAAUUAAAAUUGUUAUUGUUCAAAAACGAAAUACUAUAAAUAUUUUUCAAAAUAAAUUUAAUUUAAAACUCAAAUUUUGUAUACGUUUAAGGUAAAUUAUAUAACUAUUGUAGGAUUGUUGGGUGUAUACUCGAAUAAUUAUUUAAUACAAUAUUAUUGUUUAAAUAUUUAUGUCACCUGAUCUAAACUUACUUUUUUUUUUUCUGUAAUUUAUACGAAAUUGUGGUUUGACCGCCAAAUUAUUUGAAGAAUGUCCAUACAACAAAUUAACGAUUACAGUAACCUUUUAAAUAUCUAUACAGUGUUAUUUAAUAAUUAUAAUCAUGAAUAAUCCAUAGGAUUCUUCGUAGGCAAAUUUUAUGAAUUAGUCAAACAAAAACAUUAACUUCUUGAUAAGAGAUUAUACCUAUAUGGUUUUGGAUGUAUAGUGAAUUAUUUAGAUACUAAAUUAAUAUCCUAAGCAAAGAACUUUGAACAAAUAUUGUUUUCAUCAGGUUUGGGAAAAAACGCAAUUCGACGAUAAAUGAACUCUUUUUAUUUUAGCAUACCUAUCCACACACAAGGUGAUUCACUAUUAUAAUCAUCUAUUAUACAAUGACACGAAGAUUUUUUUUUGAUUUUUUUUUAGUUUUAGAAAUUGAAAGUAAAUUUGAAAGGCAUAUAUUAUAUCAUUCAUAGUUAUAAUAAUUAUUAUCACUUCCUUAAUAGUAGUAUAGAGGUAAUUUUUAUUUAGCUAAACUGAUUUUAUUCAAAUACCCUUUUGCAUUUUCGAUCGAAACCAGGAAUAACUAUUAAGUAUUAAUAAUGGUAUUAUAAUUUAUAACACGAUGAAUAAUAUUGUUAGGAAAAUGAUUUCGUUAAGAAUUUGAUGACUAUCGUUUUUUAGACACUUUAUUGUACAUGUUUUAUUUGUUUUGUUUUUUGUAUUUUAUAACCACCAUUGUGUUUAAGAUUCGGAGUGAAGCGAGGGAUCUAUUGGUUUUACUAUGAUGUGUAUUUUUUUAAAUGUUUUACUUUUUGUAUCUGUAAACGACUUCUCUACCAGACAUUUUGUCCCAAAGUAUAGUGUAUUAUAGUACCUUUUCUAAAAAGAAACUGUGUUUAGUCGGUGCAUUAGACAGGUUGUUUUUUGAUUUUACAAAGGUUUUUCAAAAUAAUUGCGAAAACCUGAAAGAAAAUUAUAGGUAAACGGAAGGGUUAAGUUCCGGCGUAACCGUUUUCAUUAUAUUCAAUUUUUGUUCAUGAUGAUUUAUGCCAGAAAUCUUGCUCCAAUUGAAAGAAAUCUUUCCAAUAGGAAAAUACAAGAUGUUUUUUUUCUUAAUUUAGUUUAUGACCUUAAAAGUCGUUUUUUGAUUUUAUUUGUAUUUUUUUUUUAAAUUGAACAAAACCGAAAAGUACGUUUAAAAGCGGAAAAAUUUCGAAAAUAAUAAUUCUUUUAUUAUUUAAUUAUAUCUUUUAAUUUUAAAUUUUGUUUUUUUUUUUAAUAUGAUUCAGUUAAAUAUAUUCGUGGACUUGAAUUUUUAACAGAAAAUUUAUAUUUACCUUUUCUAGAAGUGGUGAAAUUUUGAGCUGUUUAUAGACAAUUAAUUUUGCGAGAUUUUACCUAUUUAAGGGUAGGUACUCUGUGAACUAAAUUGUUAGACUUAACAGAAAUACUUAAAAAUUUGACAGAAGAUUUAUUAUUUAUAAGUCGUAUUUAUUGGUCAAAAAAAAAAAAAAAAUAUAAUAUAAUAUAGUUUUUUUUAUAAGAGUUUUAAAGUAAAAAUUUGACGAAAUUAAUUAUUACUACUGCCUUUCAGAACAUAUAUAACUGAACUUCGCUCCGAAUCGUUUUUCGUUAGCAAUGGUUUAUCAUUGGUUACAGGAAUAAAUAAAAUAAUUUUAAGUUUUCCACUUUCCCAUCUAUUCACCUACAACAGUGGCCGCAUCCAGGCAGUGGCCCAGUAUCAACUCUUUUUUUUCUUUUAUAUCAUUUGUGUCAAGUUUAAUUGUCGAAAUGCAAUAAUUUAUAUUAAAAUUUCAAUAAAAAAAAAAAAUAAUAAUAAUAAUAAUAAAUAUUUCUUUGAGAAUUAAAAAUGUACAAUUAUUACGGGUUAUUAUUUGAAAAUUACACGUCUUUUUUUAAUUGUGUUGUAUCGAUAGACUGAUAGGGAAGUGGUUUAAUUUUGAUGGAUAUUGCAAUUAAAAACCAUUGCAUUUUUCAUAUUUAUACAGGUAAUGUAGGUGAUAAUACUAUAAUAUAAACAAUUAGACUUAGAAUAAUUACAAAAAUUUCCCUACCUACUUAAAAUCUAAAAGUUUUUGACUUUAUGUAGACGAGUCCUAUUAUAUAACAUAUUAUAAAUUAUAAUCUAUAUGUAUAUAUAUUUCUUUACCGUGUAACAAUUCUGAUUAUAUGUCGUUUAAUUGUACAGGCACCUUUUUGUUCCUCCAAUUAACCGACAGCAGCGGGGAUCAGUUUUUCACAUUACUACCCCACUACUGCCAUCGUUAAUUAAUGAGUAUAAUUAAACGUUUUAUAGAAUUAUGUUUUCCCCUUCGCGGGGCAGGCUCACAUUGUUAACUAAGCUAAUUGAACUACGGUGAGAGGUGAGUGGUGGGACUGCGUCACCUCCUAACAGAAUGCUAACUUAACCUAACCUGUACAUGGCCUUGAGCUAGUGGCUGAAUCUUCCUGAGUGUUGUCUUUGAUGUCUGGGACUGAUGAGUGAGCUGUUCCUAUGAUAACUGGUUGGCCCUUGCUUCAGCCUCCCGUAUUCUUUCUUGUGGCGCAGUAUAGGUACCUAAUACUAUAUCUAUUUUUUUUUUUAACUUUUUGAGCGGUUUCUAUUUUAAACAUUUUUCCAAAAACAUAAAAUGAAAAACUAUAAAUAUACUAAAAUAGGUUCCUAUUUUUAAUCUGUUUUUUUAUUCGAUAACAAUUGUAGGUAACACAAGUAAAGUUUACUAUAGUCACGGGUUAAGAUAUACUGGCUCUUAAAUGUUUCCAAAGGCACUAUGAGUUACAAGUAGGGGUAAAAGAGCCAUUUAUACAUGCAUUAUACAAACAAAAUGAUAAUAAUAAUUUAGAAUAUCACUUAAGGCCCAUAAAAGUAAAAUUGCAUUAACUAAGUAUAACAAACUUACUUAUAAAGAUAGAUCUGAACAAAAAUAUUCGGUACAUAUUAUAUAAGUAACUUUACACAAAUAAUUUCUACUUUCACUUUCGAUACAAUUUUAUUCCAAACAUCAAGGUCAGAAUCAUAUACUUUAAAUAAUGGAACAUAAGGUUUUUGUUAAAACCCAAACAGUUAACAACAGAAUAACGUCGGGGCAUUUUAAAAACUGUUCCAAAAUGUAUAAAAAGAACUUUGCAUAAUAUCAAAAUUUAAAACUCAUAGUGUUCGUGAAAAAAAUUAGUUAACAUUAUUUGUUACUAGGAGCGCUUUUAUGCCUAUUUGUGUUUGUGUUUCUUUUGGAUAAGGGGAGUGGCGGUGUCGAAACAUUUGAGCACCGUUCCUCCACUACUCCCCGACCGCGUCGAUGGCAGUUCAGUAUAAUAUCUUAGCCCGUGACUAUAAUAGUCAAGAAAAUAUUAUGCUUAACACCAAUAUGCAUUAUGUGUAUCACUGGCAUGGCAUGAACCACGUAAAAUCUCGAAUAUGUGUAACUACAUAAUAAAAAUGAAUAUUUUACAUAAAUGUUAGCAUAAAAUAUAUUUUUCAUCAGUAAAACCUUUUAGGGCUGAGCCUUGGUUCAAUAUUGUCAAUGUAGUUUACGAUCCCAGAACCCUCGUGUGUUCGUCACCUAUGAAAAGAAAAACAAUAAGCAUAGGUGCUUAAAAGUACAAAUAAAAUACAUGGUCUGAAGAUUAGAAGCAACUAUUUUACUAUGAUUAUAAGGUUGUGUGUUUUUAAUAAUUAUAGGACAAAGCCAUAAAGGCCUAUGGUUAUAGAAUUGAAUAUUGUUGAAUGAACUUAUUGCAGUUCACAGGAUGGGAUUUUUUGAACAUUUUAACAACUCGAUUACCCCAAAUUUUCGGUGGUUUGGUGAACCACGAAAACCAUAUUCAAACCAUGGCUCUGCAUGAAUGAUAUUCGUGAAACAAAGAUUAUAUUACAUUUUUAUUUUUAUUUAAUUUUAUAUAUAUAUAAACGACAAUCGGCUUUUGAAAAUAGUACAAAACUAUUAGCAUAAACAAUAACUUAUAAUAACUAUAACAAUUAUUAUAAAAAACAAAAAUGAUUAAGGCCAAAUAUUAACCAUUAUUCUUAUUUAAGGAACUCAUAGUUCCGAUCAAACAGAGAUCAUUUAUUAAAAAAUUGAAUUGGGAGGUGGUAAGGUAAAACGAUUCAUGGGAUCUGAUAUAGAUACUCGGAACACGUAAAUUUAUACGUCGGGAUAAGUCAACUUUACCAUGAAGUAUAUUGAGUAAAAAUAAUUGAUCAAUCACAAGCCUCCUAUUUUGUAGUGAACUUAGUUUUAAAACAUCCAUGACUAUCUUAUAAUAAUGCUGAGAGUGAUCAAUUGUCAGUAAAAAAGCUUGCAAAAUUAAGGAAGCGAUUCUGGUCUCAAUUAGUUAUACUAGUUUGCUCUCGACCUAAAGAUAUUGAUUUUAAAACUAUCGAUUCAUAAUUCAAGAUAGAUCGUACAAAGAUGAGAUAAAGUGCAUACCUAAACAAGGCGCUUUGUUGAAAUUAGUAAUGUGACGUCUUAUGAACCCUAGAAUUUGUUAGGUCUUACAAGAAAUGUGUUUAAUAUGAGAUCUAAAAGAUAAAUAUGGUGAAUAUAUAUGAAAUUUAUAAAUUCUAAAUCUUUAAUUUCAAAGAGAAAUUUUAAAAGAAAAUAAGUAUAUUAUAAUAUAAAUAUUUUCUUCGUUGAGUUGGCCACCCUCGUUCAAAACUUUUACUUAACCAGAUUUCCCACCUUACAUACAUCAGCUGUCCUCAUAUUAUUCUCAAUCGCAAUCCAACUAUAUCCUUUUCAGUCUUUUUCUCCUCCUAUAUUUUCUUCUGCAUUUAUUUCUAUAUAAUGCUCACUAGUUAAGAUUCCUCUUUCCUAGUCUCCUCAUGAAAUCAACAUGCUUAAACCAUCGCAGUCUAUUUUCUCUUAUUUUGUCUACUAUCGAAGCUACCUAUUAUAAACUCAUCCCUUACCGUAUCUUAUUUUGUCGACCAAGCAUUAUAAUCUCUGCUACAUACAUUCUCUGUUUUAUUUUUUUGUCUACCACUCAACAGUUCAAACAAUACACCAUAGACAGUCUCACCACAUUUCUGUAUAACUUAAUUUUUUUCUCAAGUCUUAUUGGAAUUCUCUUGUCACAUAAAAUACAAAAUACCUGACACUUUUCUCUGCUUCAUCCAGUUAUACACAAUUGUAUGAUUCACAUGCUCAUGAAAACCACCGAUUUUUUGUACAAAAGAUUCUAGAUACUUAAAACUUUCAACCUCGUAUAUAACUGCUUAUUGUCGUUAGCUGUCUUGUCCUGUUCCUUCAAACGCAUACUCUGUUAUGAUUUCUUCUUAUCCUUAGUCUUUUUCUUUCAAGUGAUAUUCUCUAGUUUUCAAGCCUAUUGUUAACUUAUUCCUGAUUUUGUCCUAUCAAAGCUAUAUCAUCUAAAAAACACUAUACAUCAUGAUACCUCCUCUCACCUGCUAUCCCUGGACAUAUUCAAGAUGCCCCUUUACUAGUAAAAUAUAUAACAAUUAUAUUGUGCUGAUCAUCAGAAUUCGGUCUUCGUCGUUCUACCUUUAUUAUUCUCGAUUUUAAUACUCAUGUAAUAUUAUCAUGUGGAUAAGGUAUACGUGAAACGUAUUGUAAUAAUACAAAUAAUAAUAGUAAUAAUGACGUAAAAGUAUGAGCUAUUUAAGACGAAAACGCACUUCGUUCAAACAGAUAAACGGGGCCUAUCAUCGAAUCCGCAUACUGCAGUGAUUGUUUUUUUUUAUCAUUCACAUAUAAUACAUAGGUAGGUUAAUUUCAAAUAAUUGCAUAAUGCGUAUUGUAUGUGUACGCUAAAACGCUCGAGAAGAAAAUGAAAAAAUAACAAUUUACGAAAUCACGAACGCAUUUUAAUAAUUUAUCGGUGCCUAGAUUAUAGGUAGGUAAUGAUUGUGAUUGUGAAUAUCUAUUAUUAUAAUAAUUGCUCGACGCAAUUUUAUUAUUGUAGGGACAAUGGCGUGCUCAAUAAUGUUCAAUGAGAGGGGAUGUAGCAAAUAAUAAUCAUGAUUCAUAAAUAAAUCGUAGAAAAUGUUAACUAACCCGACAAUAUAAAUUUAAAAGCCUGAUUCAAAAAUGUCAAUUUUUAUUCAAUAAAUGAAGCUUUUUAACUAUUGUAACUUGGCUGAAAUAUAUAUAAUCUCAAUAUGCAAUUACUAAAUAAAAUAUUUUUAUAUCUUUAAGUCAACGGAGACGGAAUAUAACCCCUAUUUCCCUUGGGAGCUGGAAGGUGUAUGUUUUGCAAUAGAGAACGUCUUUGCAAUCAUUGCUUCACUUCGUGUUGAAAAAAAUAUUAUUAACUGUUAUUAAAUUCGUUUGUUUUUUUGAUGAUGCUGCAAUCAUAGCCGUAUUAAGAGUUGUGUGGACAGUAAAUAAAUAAGUCAGAUGGGCUUAAUUUAAAUAAAUAUUCAAAAUAUUAAGUCAAUAAUAUUUUGUAUAUAAAAUUACCGUCUUCUGUCAAUGUACAUAACGUUACUCUAGAAAUGUAUUCUAAGGAUAUAGGACACAAAUGAAAAAAUAUUAUGAUUCAUAAGUUUUACUAUCAGUUUAUAACAAUAAUAUCAACCAUCAAUAAUCAUAUGAAAUAUGGGCCGUAAAUUAUGCUUAAUUUGCUUGUAGGUAAAUCCGGCUUAUGAUUGUGUAUUGAGUGGAGAAAUAUCGAGAAUUUGUUGAGAAUUUUCCCCAAAAGAUUAUGCUUUGAGCAUUAUUGAGCAUGAGAAUAUUUUCAACAUACUCUCAAACAGGGCUGUUUUUUAAGAAUUUUUCACCCUGGGACAACCAAAAAAAAAAUCACAUAUGUGCAACUUGUAUAAAUAUGUAGUUAUAUAAUUUGUAUUUAUUGGGUGAGUAUUUGAAGAAUAAUUUAUAUGAUAUUUAGAAACAACUAGUGGUGUAGUUUGGGCAUAAUGUUUGGAAUAGUAAAAUUACUCAGAAUACAAAGACCCGUGAGGUCUUCGCCCCCACACUCCCUACAUUAUAAAAACAAAUAAUGUUUUAAUAUACUCUUAUUAUCAUAUUAUAUUAAUAUAAAAUACAUUAUAAAUCUAUACAAUUUUUCUUAUAUAGGUACAUAUUAUUAAAAACAUUGAAUAAAAUCAUAUAAUCUUUUCAAUUUAGAAUAAAAAAUAAAAAAUUUUCAAAUUGUAAUUGUUUCGCUGACUCUAUUUUAAAGUAUUUUUAGUAAUGAUUUAUACAUUUAUUGGUUAUUUGAAGUUAAGUUUUUUUUUUUUUACUUUUUAACACUUAAAAACUAAAACAUUCAAUAACUAUUAUGUCAAAAAAUAUAAUAAUAGGUAGUAAAUCAAAUAUUAUUAGUAAAAAUACGACGGCAAAAAAGUUUAAAUCUAAAUAUAGAUUCGUUUUUAUUUAAUUUAUAAUAGUGAAAUAGUAAAUCGUAAUCUGCAAUUAUAUUUUCAUUUGUGGAGUAUUGAUAAUAUAUAAUUUUAAUUUUAUCAUUUUCGAAUAUGUUUUUUUUUCCAUAAUUAAAUAAUUUCUUGCCUAAUUUAAUGUUUCUACUAACGAAAAACCAUUAAAUACAUACAUUUUAGGGGUUGUGAAUUAACACUUUUGCGACCCCUUUUGAUCCCUCCUCCAAUUAUGUCCCUGGAAACAACUAAAAGAAUGUAGUAAAGUGAGAAAGUAAAGAAUGUGAAAGUAAAAAAAAAUGAUGAUUUAAUAAUGUAGUGUAAAAAUAUCUAUUUUCAUAGUUUGGGCGUAGCGAGAACAUUUGUUUUGUCAUAUCAUUUAAAAGUGCAUAUAACCAAAAAUAAAUUUAUCAAUACACCACUGACCAUACGUAUGUAUCAUAUGAAUGUGUAGGUAUGUAUAUUUUAAUAAUUUUAAUGAGACGAAAGUUGAUACGAAUAUUAUUAUGUUCUGCUAACAAAAAUUAGUAUUAUCUAUAAUAAAUGUACGAUAUUUUAGGUGUGUAGUCUUGCCCUUGUACAACUAGCAUAAUGUGUUGUAGUAAGUACCUAACAUAUGUCAAUCGCGGGAUAUUGUUUUUGUCUCUUAUCUAUUACUCGUCUAUUAUAGGCAGUGGCGUGCCAAAGUAGGUAUUUUUAAGCAAUUUUCUCAAAAGUAGAGCCCAGAUUUAAAUCCACAAAAACUGCUUAAAAGUGGCAAAAAAGAUCUUACAAAUAUGUAAAAAUCAAAAAUAGCAGUAGGGUUUAAAACUAACGGAUUUUAUUUUAUUAAAUUCAAUUUCUUAACACUAGUCAAAUGUGAUGACACAUUUUUUUUUUUUUUAUAAUACGUACAAUUUUAUUUAAAAAAAGUUACUUUAUAUAAAUUACUUUUUGAAGUGUUAGAAAAUGUAAUUUAAUAAAUUACAGUUGUUAGAUAAACCCCUCUACCAUUUUUUUUUUUUUAAAUAUUUCUAUGGUGAUUUUUUGCCAUUUUAAUGAGCGCUUUUUUUUGUGAAUUUUAAAUACAUUGAAAUCCGGACCUUCCUCAUGACUAAAAUGGAUGGAUUAGUCACCAAAUAUGUUGAAUGUUAAUUACUUAACUAGUUAAGUAGUUCAAUGAUCAAAGAUGCCCUGUUUGUUUCGUGUAUUAUAUUAUUAAUAUAUUAGAAUAUGAUUGCCUAUGCAGUUGAUUUAGUUAAAUACAAUUUUUGUUGUUACAAAAUUUUUUAUAGGACAUAAUAUACAAAUCCAGUUUUUUGGUGGAUGAGUCCUAAGUCUUCUGUUUUGUCUUUCGAGCAUGAAAAAUAAAACUAUUGAGCACGUCACUGCUUAGGUAUAUAGGUAGUAGGUAUCUACCAAUCAACCCUAUCUGCGGUAGUACUUCUUGUAGGUAUCCAACUUUGAUAGUUUUCUGUAUAGCAGUCGCGAGAACGAAAUCAUUCACAUUUUAUAACAAAAUUGCCGUUUACUCAUAGUAUAUACCCACAGUGUAAUGAAAUAUUGAAGUGGAACGUGCACCAUGGCCUAUAUAUUAAUAUCUGAUGAUGGUUAUUAUUUAUUUAUAUAUUACGUAGGAAAGUAUAGGUAUCUACAUAUUCCUUUCGGCCUUUUUUUUUUCCAGUUUGAUUCAAGAAUACUAGGUAUUGAUUUUAUUUUCUGCAGAGUUUUUUUCCUCCAAAAUUUGCUUUCAAUCGUGUAGGUAUACCUAGGUAGGUAGAAAAUUUCUUAGUAGAAUCGCUUAUACAAAUUUGUACAUUUCAUGACAUAUCUGGAUCAAAUAUAAACUAAGUAUUUACAAAAAGUAAAUUUAAAUAAUUAUUCAAUAUAUUUUUGUGGUAAUAGGUAUUUUGUAUUAUAAUGUAUUUGUGUAAUUUUGUAUGAAUUUAAUAAUUAUUAUUAGUUAUCAUUGUUUAUUUUAGGUGCAGGCUAAAAAUGGAGACAUCUAUAGCUUUAUCAUACAUUCCAAAAUCAAGUACAGAUAUGCUCAAACAGUUGUAUCAAGUCGUGUUGCUAACAAGGGUAACACUUCCAAAGAAGUACAAUUCUAUGUGACUCUACCUGAAUCUGCAUUCGUUUCUAAGUUUUUAAUGUAAUUCUUUAACAUUUUUUUAACAAAUGAAUCAAAUAUGUUGUUUUUUGGGUUUAGGGAAAUUAAUGAAAAAACUUAUCAAGCGUAUGUAAAAGAAAAGAAGGAGGCCAAAGAAGAAUAUAUUGCAGCUGUUAAUUCUGGUCAGACGGCUGCUCAUGUUGAACAACAGUAAGUGUUGUAAAAUUAUCUUAAAAUAUUGUUAGGUAUUUAUGAUCUUCAAUAUUGAUAAACAUCGUAACUGUUUUCUUUAGCACAAGAGAUUCAAAUAAAUUUACAGUUUCUGUAAAUGUGGAAGCAGAAAGUAAAGUAACAUUUAAUCUCACAUAUGAACAAUUAUUACCAAGGAAAUUAGGUGUUUACGAAAAUAUAAUUAACAUACAACCUGGACAAGUAAAUAUAAUUAAAAUAAUAACAUCAACUAAUAUUUAUUCAUAUGAUUUUUUAAAAAUGAAUAUUAUUGUCAUAUUAUGUAGGUUGUUAAAAAUUUACAAGUCAUAGUUGACAUCGAAGAGUCUUCCAACAUAACAACUUUGGAAGUACCGGACAUAAAAACUGUAAAUGAAAUUGAAACAGCAUCUAGUAGUACGAUUAUAUUUAUAUUAUUUAAUUUUAUGAUUUUUAAUAGGUAAAAUCAAAUAUAAUAAAAAUUAUAUUUUUCAGAAAAUAAAUUAGCACAAAUAUCUUAUGAAUCCGGUAAUAAAGCGACCAUAACAUGGAGUCCAUCUGUAAAAGAGCAAUUAACCUUUACAGAAUUUGGUGUCAAAGGCCAAUUCAUAGUUUUAUAUGACAUAGACCAUAAAUCAAAACCUAAUGAAAUUCUUGUAAGUCACUCCUAAUUGUAAAUAUAGAUUAGAAAUAGAUAUGUAAUUAACAUUAUGAUUAGUGUUAUAUUAACUCAUGUUUAGUUAUAGUCAUCUGCACAUCUAUAUUUCUGUGUGUAGAUAUAUUUUUACAAAUUAUUGCAUUAUCAUUCAGUUUUGAGCUAUAUUUAAAGUUUCAAGUCUAUCUGAUCGGGAAGUUUAUUUAAAAUUAACUAUCUAUUUAAAAAUUAUUUUUUUAUCUUCUUAUUUACCUUUUUUCCAAUACCCAGUAUCUAAUUAUUAUUUUUUCUUUUUAUAAUAUGUAUUUUCAUAUUACCUAUAUGUCAUUUAUAGUAUAUUAUAUGAAAAAAGGUAUUAACCAAAUAAUUACUUAUAUACCUAUUUAUUCAAACAUAAAUAAUACAUAUUUUUUUUUAAUGGUCUGGGGUAAAACAAAACCCCGUGUAUGAAAGUCAUCCAACUGUUGAGGGGGUGAAUAUUAAUUUUAGUAAUGAUUUAACAAUAUUUAUGAUGGUGGUUAUUAUACCACCAUCAUAAAUAUUUUCCCUAAUAUUAAAAUGUCAUUGAUUUUCAAUUGAAUUAAAAUCACAAUACACAUCAUUUUUGUUUACUUAUUUAUUUAUAGAUUGAUGAUGGAUAUUUUGUUAACUUUUUUGCACCAACCGAUUUAAAACCUCUGAGAACACAUGUAAUUUUUGUACUCGACGUUAGUGGUUCCAUGGUUGGACAGAAAUUACCACAAUUGAAAGAAGCUAUGGGGCAGAUUUUGUCUGAAAUUCAUAGUGAAGAUUUUUUUACAUUAAUACUUUUUUCAGAUUUCGCUCAAGUAAAUAUACUAAUUUGAACUGCAAUAGUGGUACAAUAAUUAUUAUUAAUAAUAAAAAGCUUAUCUUUAUUACUUACCAAUAGAUUUGGACAAUAAAUGCCACACAAGAGACGUCAUCUCGUUGGGAUCAAAUUGGCAUCAGUUCCAAAGCCAAUAAUCUUAGUUUGAAUGUUCUAGAAGAGAAUCGAUUUGUAUUUCCGGCAACUGAACAGAACAUUCAAUAUGCCAAGAAAUUUAUACAAGAUUUGACAUCAGAAAGCAGUAAGUAUAAACUACUUUUAGAUAAUAUCAUGUAUAUGACUAAGGUCAUAUUUAAAAAGAAUGUCUUUAGAUUGAGACUAUACCAAAAAAUUCAUCAAAAAAAUAAAUAAAUAAAUAAUAGUUAAAAAAAAGCGUUUUGGAUUGGAAAUGUAAUAAAAAUUAUUUAUAUAUAAUUUUAAAAUUCUAUAAAAAAAAAUUAUAAGAAUCUUGACAUUAGUUAUUCAAAUUCUGAAAAAAUUAUUAUUCCAAGGUACGAACAUGGAAGAUGCCUUAACCAAAGCGCAUAACAUAGCUAAAUUAGGGGAAAAACAUUUUACAAAAGGUUUGAAUACGCCAAAACCAAUUAUUGUAUUUUUAACUGACGGCGAACCAACUACAGGAAUCACUGAUCCACAAGAACUCAUUAAAUAUGUUUCAAACAUGAAUGAAGAAAAGUAAGAUAUUAUAAAUUUUUAAAUUUAAUAAAAAUAUUCAACGCACAUAUAGAAAUAAAAAAAAAAAAUGUUAUUGCCUUAAUUAUUUACUCCAAAAGGAUUUGUAGAUUAUUAUUUGAUGAUCAUUAUUAUAGGUACCCAAUCUUUAGUUUGGGUUUUGGGGAAGGGGCAGACAUUGAUUUUCUUAAAAAACUAUCAUUGAACAAUACCGGUUUUGCACGAAUAAUUUAUGAAGCUUCAGAUGCGUCAUUACAACUCCGUAAUUUUUACAAAGAAAUAUCGUCUCCAGUAUUGUCUAACGUUACAUUCAAAUACCUCGAUACUCAGGUAAAAAUAUGUGUGUUUUAUUAUACUACUUUUUUGUAAAUUAAAAAUAUGUUCUUAAAAUUAUUAUAAUUAUUUUAUAGGUUGACAAUAUUACAGUCACAAAAAAAUCAUUUAAUCUACUGUUCAGAGGUACUGAAUUAGUUGUGGCCGGAAAGUUAAUAAAUCCAAAGUCUGAUUUUAAUAGUACCCUAUAUGCAGACUCAACUGAGGGCAUUUUCCAAAAUUCUUCCUUUGUAACAUGCUUCGAUAUUACUCCUAUAAUUCCUGUUUCUAAAGAAGAAAAAAGACCAAUAGGUAAUUAUUUAAUUUUAUACCUACCUAUCUAAUUAUUUCUCUAUAGGAUAUCAAUGAAAUAUUCAACAUUAUUUAAUUAUUUUUUAUUUGUAUGAUGUUUUAAUUGUUAUUAAAACAGGCCAUUUAGAAAAGUUAUGGGCUUAUUUGCACAUACAACAACUUAUGGAUGACUAUGAAGUGAAUAAAAAUGAAAAUUCCACUGCAAAAGCUAAAGCACUUGAAUUAGCAUUAAGAGUAAGGAGUUCUAUGGUUUUAUUUGAUUCAAAAUGUGUUGUUAAUGUAUUAUGUUUGUAAUUUUAUUUUUAGUAUUCAUUUGUUACCCCGCUUACGUCAUUAGUCGUUGUCAAACCAAAUGAUACAACAAUGUCUGCCGACCCAGAAAAAAUCAAACCGAUUGACAAUAGAUAUAAUUUUGGUACCUGUUGUUGAAUUACAUUCUCAUAUUUUAUUUAUUUCUACUAUAUACAUAAUACAAUCAUUUUUUUUUUUUACUAUGACUUAAAAUUAAUUUAUUAUCAUAUUUUUUUUUCUUUUUCAGGUUCUUUAAUGGCCAGCAGUUCAGCAUUUCAGUCAAGUGAGUCUAUGAUAUAAAAUAUUUAAACAUAAAAACAUAUGUAAAAAUAUAUGUAAUGCAAUUCAAAUUUCAAACAUAUUAAAUUGUUUUAGUACCUCCAUCAAUGUCAAAUAACUUUGGAAUGCAAAUGCAACAAGGAAAUAUGGUUUUGUCGGCUAUAUCAUUAAAAAGUAAAUAUUAAUUACCGAAUAGAUAAAAAAAUAAUAACUAAUAACAUCUUAAAAUAUUGUAUUUAAUGUGAUUAUAAUUCUUAUUUAACUAGCUAGCCAAGUUCCCCAGCCAUAUAAUUUUGCGCCCUCUAUCUAUGUGUCCAAAGAAUCUAUAGAUUCUGCCAUAUCAGCAUCUGAAUUUGUUGAUUCAUCGACGACUGUGCCAACUAUUUCAGAUUUUUACAAUUCAUCAGAAAAUUUAAAUUCUACAAUAUUAUACAAUAUUACUGAAAUAUCAUGGUUAAAUAUAACUAAUAAUUCUCAACCGUCUAUUACAUUGAACACAACUAAUACAGUUUAUCAAGUAUUAUUGAAUACUGUAAGUAAUGAAAUACCUAUUACAAUGAUAACAAACUAUUUAGUAUACGUGUAGUCAAUUUUCAAUUUUGUUAAUAUUUGCUUAUAUACACUUUAGAAUGGUGGAACAUAUCAAAAUUGUACUACACCGGAUCAGAUGCAGGGUAACUGUAAACAUUUAAAAGACUGUGUUGUGGUUUCAAUCCUGCAUUCAUUAGAUUUGUACAUCCCUCUGUUUUGUCCAAUAGAAAAUAUGUAAGUAAAGGAUUAUUAAAGUAGUUAUUGCACAAAUAUUGGGUCUGAAUGUAGGUCAACAUAAUAAUACAAUUUGUAAUUAAAGGUGUUUUAACAUAGUAUUAAUAUUACAUAAAACUUGAGUUCAAAAUUAACUAAAUGAUAUUUAGUACUUUACAUAAACAAUAUAGUGUAAUAUAGGUUAUAAGCUGAAAUAUAUAAUUUCAAAAUAAAAAAACUAAAUAAACACUAAUGUUUGUAUUUUAUACCAAUAAGUGGGUUAUAAACCUUUAACCCCCCCAUUCUAUCCACCACACUGGUACUGACUAUGAAGGUAAUGUUAAAUUCUACACAUAUAAUUGAUUAAUUCAUUUUAUUAAGUAAUCAUUUUUAUAAUGUACUUUUGUUGGUACUAAUAUUUUAGAAAUAAUUUCGCAUGAUGUCUUUAUUUUAAUUUUCAUCAUCUAUUUCACUAACCUCAUUCCUCACUCUGUUUAUUAUAAUGGCUGUUUUAGUGUUUUAUAAUUUAAAUUUUUAAUGAUAUAAAUAAUUGUAUAAUACUUAAAAAAACUUCAAGAUUAAUUAUUAAUUACAAUUAUUUUUUUUUUAAUUACAGUUAUGCUGGAAUUUGCUGUUUGGUGUAAAUAUUCAUGCACUUCUAGGAAGAUACGAAAUUUUUAAAAUGUUAAUUGUGUUUUAGUUUUUUUAUUAUUAUUGAUUAUUGACUUGUCUUUUAUGUACCUUUGUAUUAUCCUUUAAAUAUAAUUAUUAUUAUCCAAAUUAUUUUUUGUUGACCCAAAACCUGAAAACCCCUUCUACGUUGCCAUAUUAUUAUUUUGAGGUUCAUCUUUUAAUUUUUCUUCCUAAAAAUAAGGAACUUAUAAUUUAAAUAAUAUUAAAAAAAAUAAAUGUAUGAUAUUAUAUUAUUAAUAAAUUAUAACAUAUAUUAUUAUAUUUAGUUACUUCUUCUUUGAAAUCUCAUAAAUAUUGUUCUAAAUCAUAAUCUUUUUUCUUGGUUUAAUGAUAACUGUAUUAAAAUCGUACCUAGUUGGCCAUAAGCCAUUUGUUAAUUUUGCCAGAGCUUCCUUCAAACAACAAAAUAUUACAUUUUGAGUCCCCCCAGAUAGUAAUUUAAAACAAAUAACCAUAAUAUGAUUGAGUACAAAAUUAUGUGCAAUAUUUCCAUGUAGGUAUUAGGAUACUAUUAUUAUAACAAUAAAGUUGUAUAGUUUUAUUUUAUACUUAUUUAAAAAACCAAUCUUUCUUUGUUUGUUUUAAACCAAAAUAGAAAUAAAAUAAAAAAAUGCACAAUUCAUUGUUCACAUAUAUGGUCCCAAAAAACAAUAAGCAUUAAAUUUUUAAGUUGAUUUCGACAAUAAAACCUGAAUCACAUUUGUACAGCACGGAAUGAUAUUAUCAAUAUAGUUGUAUUAUGUUUAUGGUAAUACACACUUAUCCAGAUAGGCACAACACAAUGUCUAUCAAAAUCAAUUUAAUUGAAAUAUACAUAUUUUUAUAAUAUGUAUAUAUAUAGUAAACUUAAUAAAUAAACUAAUAUAAUGUAUAUUGAUCGAAACCAAAUUUAAAAUUAAACUAAUAUUAGUUUAAAAUAAUUUAACUAUGUGCAUGUUUUUUGUUACCAGUCACUCAUAUGUAAAAUGGACAAAAUUUUUGUCUGUGCCGUACAAAUGUGAAUCAGGCUUAAGAGAUAAUAGUUAGUAUUCGGCAAAAUUAAAUGCAAUUUUAUAAACAGAGUUUAAUUGUAACAGUAAAAAAAAGUUUUAAAAGGUACAUAGGUUCAUAGGGUGUUAUCAUUGGGUAUUUUCCCUAAUUUUAUUAUUCAUGUUAACUACUUUUAUUUACACUUAUCAAAGCUACUCAUGGUACAAAAAAAAAUGUAGAUUAAAAAAAAAAAAAAAAGGUACAGAUUAUAUACUAAUUCACCAAGAUAAAUGUCAAAAUACAAUAAACAUAAUAUUAUUAAAUAUUUGUUUUGUUUUGUAUCCACGAUUAAAAAUUAUGAGACAAAAACAAUUCAAUUAAUGAGUGAUUUUUAUUAUCAGUUUAAAAAUAAUUUAUAGUAAUAAAUGUAUAAGAGGGAUCAUUAAAUUAGGCGAUUUUAAAAUAGUGUGGGAUUACUGAAGGGACACUAAUCGGUGGUUCAUAUAGAAAUUUUCAAUAGGACUGGAUGUAAUAAAUAAUAAUCAUGAUUAAUGAAUAAAUCAUAGAAUAAUCUUCAAUUACUUCUAACCCAAUAAUCUGACUUUAAAACCGGAUCCAAAAAAGCAAAUUUGUAAGUAUUUAAUAAAUAAAAACUAUUUUCCGUGUAAAUCGGCUGAAAUAUAUGAUUUUAAGAUAGAACAUUUAAAUAAAUAAAUCAUAAUUGUAUUUUUAACUUGAUGAGGAGGGUAUAACAUCUUAUUUCUUCCCCCCCCCUGCACAUGUCACUGGCGAUAAAUGUGAAGUCACAGUAAAAUUCUACACAUUAAGGAUUUAUGAUGCUACAUAAUUAUUUUUGCUGGUCUUUUGUCAACAUAAAAUAUAAAUUUAAAAAAUAUCACAUGUGACGUAUAUUUUAAUUUUAAAAUCACCUGUUUCAUAACUAAUAGGUACUCCCACCAUGUAUAAGAGCUGUUUUAGGGCUGUUGUUACAAUAUCCAGCUAAUUUUUAGCUGUCAGUUAUGCUAAUGUACAAGUUUAACAUAAUAGAGACUUUAGAAGAAAGUUGAAAACAAAUCAUUAUUACAGUAUACAUUACAAGGCAAUGUACUGUAUACUGCCUUCUUAGUAAAAAAUGCAGCAAAAUGAUAUUGGAAUAAAGUAUAUUUUCAUAUUCUGAAUUUUAUAUUAGUGACUAAUAAAAAAUGCAGAAUAACAUGUUAAUAAUAAGUGAUCAAAAAACUAUCGCUAAUUGUUAAAGGCCACAUUUAACAUAUUGUUACAUAUUUUUAAAAUCUCGUCGUUACCUAAUUUGUUUUUACCAAGCUGAAACAGAAUAUUAUAACAACACCCUUUAUUGUUUUGAAAUAUUAUGUAUAAUUUUAUACAUAAAUUGUAUAGUAAUUUUAAAACUUCCCGAUUAAUAAUUAAUCAAAAUAAAUUUUUCAUUUACGAUUAUGCUAGAAUUUGCUGUUUGGUGUAAAUAUUCAAGCAUUUCUAAAUUCUAGGAAGAUAUUACGAUUCCAUUAAAAUGUCAAAUGUGUUUUAGUUAUUUAUUAUUAUUGACUUAUCUUUUAUUUAAUUUUAUGCUAUCACUUAAAAAUAAUAAUUAUUAUUUUUUUGAUGAUCCAAACCCUGAAAAACCCAUCAAUGCUGCCAUCUCAUCAUUUUGGGGUUCAUCUUCUAAAUCAUCAUGUUUUCUUUUUUUAU